AUGAAGGGUACUGGGCUCGCGACGAGGCUGGCAAGGAGCGGUGGCAAAGGAUUGGGCUCUUGGACUUGGACGUGUAGGAGCUGUCUGCCGCAGACAAGGCCGAAUAUAGGGGGGCAUGUGAGGGGAUAUGCUACGAGGAACUCGGGGAAGGCAUACGGGAAUGGAGCGCGGCCAAAGAGGAAGGGAAGGGUGUUGGCUGCUUCGGCCGUCGGAGGAGUAGGGGUAGGAGCGUCGGUGCUGGCGUUUGGGGACGGCGUGCAGCAUGCGUAUGAGGCGGUCGAGAGGUCGGGGAGGGUGGUUAGCGUGCUGGCUGUGUGUAUCAAUGAUUACCGCGUUACUUUGAAUCAGAACGAGAAGACGGACAAUGAAGAGGAGAAUAAUUUCAGAUUGAAGGCGUGCCACCAGAGGUGUGCGGAUCGCACGUUGAGGGUGCUGGAGAAGAAUGGGAGUAUUUUCAUCAAGUUGGGACAGCAUCUAAGUGCUAUGAACUACCUAUUACCCAUCGAGUGGACGGCGACUUUUAUACCGUUGCAAGAUAAAUGUCCUGUCUCGUCGUUCGAAUCGAUAGAAGCCAUGUUCGAGAAAGACACAGGGGAAAAGCUUUCGGAUUACUUCUCCGAGUUCAAUCCGAAACCUAUAGGAGCCGCGUCUUUGGCCCAAGUACAUCUGGCGACGGUGAAAGAGACGGGACAAAAAGUUGCAGUGAAGGUCCAGCAUCCAGCACUAGCCGAAUGGGCAAAUCUGGACUUGGCUCUCACGCGAUUUACCUUCUCAACGUUGAAGAGAUUCUUCCCCGAAUAUGACCUCGAAUGGCUCUCUUUAGAAAUGGAGAUCUCUCUUCCACAAGAACUAGAUUUCCAGCUAGAAGGCCAAAACGCCCUCCGAACUAAAGAGUACUUCUCUCACAAACCCGAGCUGCCUCUCGUCAUUCCCAACGUCCUCUGGAGCAAGAAGCGAAUCCUAGUCAUGGAGAACGUCUCCGGGCACCGCCCUGACGACCUCGAAUUCCUCGACGCGAACGGAAUCGACAGAGAUGAAGUCUCGGCGGCCCUCGCCCGCAUCUUUAACGAGAUGAUAUUCGGCACAAACGCCCCCCUACACUGCGAUCCUCACGGGGGUAACAUUGCCAUCCGCAAGAACACAUCGAGGCGUGGUGCGAACUUCGACAUCAUCCUCUACGACCACGGCCUGUACCGUGAUAUCCCCAUGAAUCUCCGCCGCUCGUAUGCGAAGUUAUGGCUGGCGGUAAUAGAUGCAGAUGAGACUAGGAUGCGCAAGUACGCGAAGGAAGUGGCUGGGAUCACUGAUGAGCAAUUUCCGCUCUUUGCGUCGGCUAUCACGGGGCGUGAUUACCGCGUGCUGACGAAAGAUGUGUCCAUGGCGCGGACUGCCGAGGAGAAGAAGAGCAUCAACGACGCGCUUGGGGAGGGGAUGUUGCAGCAGCUGGUGCAGAUGCUUGGGCAAGUGCCACGGAUCAUCCUCCUCAUCUUGAAGACGAACGACUUGACGCGAAGUCUAGACGAAAACCUGCAAACGAGACAGGGGCCUGUGAGGACGUUUUUGAUCCUGGCGAGGUAUUGCUCGAAAACGGUGUUUGAGGAGCAGCUGGAGAUCUUGAUGGGGAGGGGGAGUCUGUUCUGGCCUGGGAAUCUGUGGGGGUUGGUGAGGGCCUGGGCGGGGCAUUUUCGGGUCGAGAUGAAGCUGGGGGCUUUCGAGGCGUGGCUGGCUUUCAAGAGGGGAUUGAGCGCUGUCGUUGGGUAG